AUGUCAAAGGAAAGUUCUGAUACUCUUGCAGCGCUGAUUGAGAACAAGUUUCUUCAUAUUUUUGGCAGAGAAUUUGUUGAAGCCGUUAAGUUUGCCAUGGAAAUGUGUAAAUAUAAUUUUUUGCCGAAGUUUGAGCAAUUGCAAGCGAUCUAUUACCUGUCUCGCGGUAAAGAUGUAUUCGUUCAUCUGAGAACUGGUUUCGGAAAGUCGCUGAUUUACUCGCUCUUUCCAUAUGUUUGCGAUGCUCUGCGAUCGUCACCAAACAACGAUUGCCGUUCAUCUAUCGUCGUUUUGAUUUCACCACUAAUUUCCCUCAUGGAUGAUCAGAUGGCUAAAAUGGCCGAACGAGGAAUACAUAGCGUCAAGCUCACCGAUCUUAAAGACCGACAAGUUGAGGACCUUCGACAUGGAAAAUCGAACAUCAAAAUCGCUUUGUUAUCCCCUGAGGCAUUUACCAGUUUGACUGUAAGGGAGACUCUGAGGGAACUGAAAGAGCAUAUUGUUUGUGUGGCAAUUGAUGAGGCACAUUGUGUACUACAAUGGUAGGUCUAUGCUAGAUAUUUUAAUAAUUUAAUAAAUAAAUUAGCCAAAGUGCUUUCCCUUGACUACAGAGCUUCAUUCUAUUGCAAGAGAAUUUGGCUAAUUGUCAUAUGUUUAUACUAAGUUUUAAAGGAUUAUUGAAAUUAUUGAAAAUGUGGCGAGAUAACCAACGAUUGGAUAGGGCAAAAUUUUUUUACACUUUGGUUCAUCACGUUAUAUAAUUAGCCUUGCAAAUAAGUAACUUUAUACAGUAACCUACUCUGAACUCACUUGAUUUAUUUUAAGGGGCAGAGAUUUCAGAAGCGCUUACAAUGAGUUAAAAGACAUCCGUGCUUUAAUGAUGGCUGGAUUACCUAUAACUGCACUUACAGCCACUGCUAAUUGCAAAACAAUGAACUACAUCACUGCUAAAUUGGAUAUGGAAGGUUGUAUUGUUAUCAAAUCAUCUACAAACCGACCCAACAUAUUUUAUAAAGUAUGUAUCCUUCCUAACUGUCAAGGGGAUGAUGAUCAACUAUUCCAAUCCUGCUUUGGUUUUGUUGUUGAACAACUGUUGCAGCACAAUGACAAAGCAGAUAAA